CAAUUAAUUUGUAGUCAUCGGGAAGAACUGCAAUCCAGUAUGAACGAGAUCAGUUCUUCUGAAGAAAAUCGGUUCAAAAUGAAUAUUAACAUGAUAUUGAUUGGGAUGAACUAUGCAUGCUUAUUGGUUGGAUCUGUAUCAGCGAGUCUUGUCUCCAAAUUCUACUUCAUUCAUAAGGGUUCAAGCCGUUGGGUCUCAACUUUAGUUCAAUGCGCCGGAUUCCCACUCCUCAUCCCUUUCAUUUACAUCCCUCAUUACCUCUUCCCUUCAAUUUCACCCGGAAAACGUCCUUUUUCUCGAUUGAUCGCCAGACCGAGGAUCCUAGGACUCUCUCUUUUUGUCGGUCUCCUCUUAGGAGUAAACAACUUGCUCUUCUCAUGGGGAAAUUCAUACCUCCCACUUUCCACUUCCUCUCUACUCUUGUCAUCACAACUGGCGUUCAACCUUAUUCUCUCCAUUAUCCUCGUCAAACAAAAGGUUAACUUUCAUAACCUAAACUGCGUCGUUUUGCUUUCCUUGGCCUCCGUCCUUCUCGCUCUAUCCACGCACCACGAUCGCCCUCAGGGAUUGACCCACUCUGAAUAUUUGGUGGGGUUUUUCUGCACAAUCGGGGCGGGUUUACUAUUCUCACUCUAUCUCCCUCUAAUGGAGAUAAUAUACAGAAAUGUAGAUUCUUAUUCGAUGGUGAUGGAGAUGCAGGUGCCGAUGGAAGCUGCGGCGACUGCUCUAGCGGUGAUGGGGAUGGCGGUAGACAAGGGCGGGUUUAAGGAAAUUAGAAAUGUGUUCGACAUGGGUGCAUGUGUAUAUUGGUGGACGAUUGCAGGGAAUGUGGUGAUGUGGCAGGCUUGUUUUAUGGGAACGGAGGGAAUGGUGUUUUUAACGACGUCCUUGACGGGAGGAAUAUGUACGACGGCGCUCAUGAUGUUUAAUGUUACGGCGGGGGUUUUGGUUUAUGGGGAUCCAUUUAACGGCCUCAAAGCGGUAUCAACAGUACUUUGUUGUUGGGGAUUCUGUUCAUAUUUGUAUGGGAUGUAUGUUAAGUUGAAAGAGGAGGAGAAGAAGAAGCUUAUAGAGGAGCAAAAAUCAAAAUUACAUUUCGGAAUUGGCUUAGAGCGACCCUCGAAAAGCGGGAUCGUCAACUUGGAAAAUUCACCUAGGCCGCUAUACUCGAUGGAAUUAAUUGUAUUUGAAGUAUUUGGAAAUCUUGAAGAGUCUUCUACAAGAAAACCAAAAUCAGAAAAAUCACAACUUACCAAAAGGAUAAUUCGAUCUACAUUUGACCAUUUGGCUCAAAUAAAGGCUCAGGGUGUAGUUCAACUAGUUCCUACAAGACUUCUGGACAAGCAACAAGGAGACGAGGAGGAGUUGACUGUUAGGCAACCUCUUAUGUCUAGCUUUCUAUCGGAGAUUCUCUAA